AUGGAAAACAAUCUGGACCAGACAACCCUAGACACCAUCUCGCUGCUAGAGGCGCGACUGCGACGAAUCGAACACAUCCUCUACGGCCCAACAACUGCCCCGACCGAACCACCCCAAGAGUCGGCGAUAACCUCCCUCGCUGAGCUCGAGCGUCGCUUCAACCAGCUCCUCCACCGCUUCCACAAAUCCCACCCAACGCUCUUCCAACCCCCCACCGCAACCGACGCGCUCCCACCGACACAACUGCCCCCGGACGCGGUGCGCGCGACGGUCCUCGCCUACGCGUCCGCCUUCCCCACGGUCGCGUCCUCCCUGACAGCGGCGACGGCCGACUCGCCGAUCCCCGACGCAAGACAGAGCGCCGCGCUCGCCGCGCUGGGCCCGCGCAUGCGCGGCGCCGCCGCCCUGCAGCACGCCCAGGCGCGCGAGAUGUCGGAGCUGCGCGCCCGGAGCGAGGUCGCCGUGCGCGCGUGGUAUGAGGGCGGCGUGCUGAGAUAUGGCAUGGUGCUGGCGGAUGUGGAGGGGCGGUUAGAGCGUGUGGAUAGGGGCGUGAGGAGGGUGGCGAAGGGGAGGGUGGAGGAGGAGAAGAUUUGA